AAAACCAAAUGGAAACUGGGUGCUAACUAUAUUUCUUACUGAUCGUCAACUGUCUGUGUGCCCCUCAUUUACGUAUAAAUGAGCACAAGACCAACUUCUUAUUCAUCAACAUCAAAUCAGUUAUCUCGAAAGCUUCUCUUUAUUUCACAGAGCACAGAACCAACUCCUGAUUCAUCAAAAUAUCAAAUUAGUUCUCUCUAAAGCUUUCCUUUAAUUUACGGUUUUUAACCUUCUGUAGUUCUAGUUUGUGAGUAAAUUGCGAGAGACCAGAAAUGAGUGUGGAGAUUUUGGAUGGUGCCACCAUUGUCAACUUUCUGGAGGACGAGGAAGCAUUCAACGCGCAUGUAUGUGACCGCUUCGCCUACCUUGAUUCAGACCAUGAUGGCCGGCUUUCCUACGGGGAAUUGUUGAAGGAGCUGCAGUGUUUGAGGUUAUUGGAAACCCACUUCGGCGUAGAUGUGGAAACAGACCCGGAUGAGCUUGCUCUCGUCUAUGGUUCUCUUUUUGUCCAAUUUGAUCAUGACUUGAAUGGGACAGUGGACUUAGAAGAGUUCAAGUCAGAGACCAAGCAAAUGAUGCUAGCCAUGGCCAAUGGUAUGGGUUUCUUGCCUGUUCAGAUGGUCCUGGAAGAAGACAGUUUCCUGAAGAAGGCUGUGGAGUGGGAAUCUGCUAAACUGGUUGCCUGAUUAAUUCCACAUCCAUUACCCUACACUAUACUUGACUCAUUAAUUGUCUUUGUGAUUUCUUUAUUCUCGCAAUGUAUUCGAAGGUUAAUUGUCUUUGUUAUUUCUUUCUUCUCCGAAUGCAUUCCAAGUUUAGCUGAAUCUAGCAAAGAAAAUAAAUGAAACGCUCUGUUAUCGGUGAA